AUGACGUCCAUUCCUUCCACGGACGCCGAGUGGGCGAUAUUAAUCACCCGUUUCCAAGAGGUGUUGCCAGCCCGAUCCCACUUGCAUCCUGCAAUCCCAUUGGAAAUCCCAGGAAUGAUCGACCACACGCUCUUGACCGUGGGCGUCGAAGCAGACCGAGUAAACAAGAUCUGCGACGAAGCCAAAGAACAUGAAUUCGCCUCCGUCUGUGUCCGCCUGGAAAACGUUUCUCGCGCCGUUGAAAAACUCAAGGACGCGCGAAAGACAGUCGUCGCCUGCGUGGUCGGCUUUCAUGAGGGUACAUACGAAACGACUGAGAAAGUGCGGGAGGCCAAGGAGGCCGUGGCACAAGGCGCCAAGGAGCUGGAUAUGGUUAUCAACUAUCCCCUGUUGAAGCAGGGUAAAUAUACAGCGGUCUAUGAGGAUGUCUUGGCUGUUCGCGAGGCUGCGCCUCCACCGGUUAUUCUCAAGGCGAUUAUCGAAACAUCUCAACUUGAAAAGGAUGAGAUCAUUGCUGCUACUAUGAUCUGCUGCAUGGCGGAAGUGGAUUUCGUUAAGACUAGUACCGGGCUCAAGGGCGGUGGUGCUACCGUUGAAAAUGUCACCAUUAUGCGUCUUGUUGCUGAUCAUUGUGGAACAACACAGACUAAGAUCAAAGCGAGUGGAGGCAUUCGGUCUGCUAGUGACUGUGUGAACCUAAUAAAAGCUGGUGCGCACCGCAUCGGCACCAGUGCCGGCGUUUUAAUUGUGAAGGAGGUGGAUGGGGACGCGUUACCGGAGCAAGGUGUUGGUCAGUCCGCGUAUUAA